AUGGACAGCAGGACUGGCUUUGAGCAGGACGGAGACUCUGCCACUUCAGGGCAUGGCCAGAGGCUGAAAUUGGAGCCCUGUUUCCAGAAUGACUCUCUCUUGUCUUCCCCCAGUGCAUCCCUGAUACCACAGCUCCUCAGCCACACAAUGGUUGGCAGGAACCUGGAUCCCGCCAUUCUUUUCUGUUCCUCUCAGGCAGUGGCCCUACCUCAUGACUACAAAUGUGGUGCAAGUCCUGGAGAAGAAGAACAAGCCCUGGCUUUCCCUAGGACCCGUGUCCCAGCUCCUGUGCCCUGUGCUCGUGAUGGGGACCAGCUCUCCAACCAGCACCCACGGGAGCAGCUCUGUGACCAGCACUUGCAAGCCAAGAGGGCCAGGGUGGAGAGCAUCAUCCAGGGCAUGAGCCUCCCACCAACCCCUCAGGCAUUUGACACGAGCCCAGAGGCAGCUUUUAGGCAUGAGAGGGAAAGGGGUGGUGAGAUGCCCCAGGAGAACAAGAGGAAGCCAAGGGUGCCCCAGCAGGGCGUGGGGGCAGCUGGACAAGUGGCUCCCUCAGGGAGCAGCUCCCAUGCCAAGGGCUGCCAGCAGCUGAAAGAGCAGCUCUGCUUUUUAGAGCAGCAGUUGAGGUGGCUUCAGGAGAAGUUCUAUCAAGUCUGGGACUCUGAGGAUGCUGCCCAAACCCAGGAAGAUUCUGAGAAAGUGCAGCCACUGCCUGGAAAGCCUGAAGACAGACUGAACAAGGACAAUGCCACUACCACAAGCAACCCAUGCAAAGUACCUCUCAGGAGGAGUGUCCUGGAAAUGUGUGGGCUGAAGGAGGCUGAGGACAGAGGUGACACAGGUGGCCUGCCCUUGGCAGUGAGGGUACUCUCACAGGCCCUGAAGCACGAGCUGGCUGUGGUGACAUCCCAGGUAGUGGACUCCGUCCUGAAGACUGUCUGGCUGAAGGCAGACAGCCACAUCCAGGAGGAGAAACACAGCCUUCCAAUGCUGGGGCCAGAUGCCAGGAGAGAGUAUUCUGCUGGUGGAAAAUGCAGAAAGCCACUCGCUAAGCCAUCUCCCAUGAAUGCACCAGGCUCCCUGGACUCACCCCAGGCUGAAGUCCUGCCAGGAGCUUCAGGGAAGAGCCUGGGCUCUUAUACUGGCUCCUUCAGUUCAAAGGGGGUCAGAAAAUCCUCUUGGGUACCCAGCAUAGGUUAUUCACUGGGCUCAGCCACCCCUGUCCAGCACAGCCAGCUGCUGAGCCAGCUGUUGGGAUAUGGCCAGCACAGCCUCUGGGGCAGUGACUCUCAUGAGAGCCCAUCUGCUCUGGAGAGGGGUUGUCCAGAGCCCCUCAACUUGCACUGGGGAACAGUUAAACUGAGGUCAUCGAUUAUGCAGGAGGCCCUGACCCCUGGGCACCUGAAGAAGGCCAAGCUGAUGUUUUUCUUCACCCGCUACCCCAGCUCCACUCUGUUGAAGACCUACUUCCUUGAUGUGCAGGUAAAAGAGCAGCAGCCUGAGCUGGUUCUCGGCAGGGCUCCCACAUGGGAGGAUUCAAGCUGGCAUAACACCAUCCUCUUGCUCUCCCCCAACCAGUUCAGCCGCUGCAUCACCUCCCAGCUCAUCAAGUGGUUCAGCAACUUCCGUGAGUUUUACUACAUCCAGGUGGAGAAGUUUGCCCGGCAGGCCCUGCUGGAGGGUGUUGUGGAUGCUUGCACUCUCCAGGUCUCCCGGGACUCAGAGCUCUUUCGUGCCCUCAACAUGCACUACAACAAGGGGAAUGACUUCCAGGUGCCAGGGCGGUUCCUGGAGGUGGCCAGCCUGACACUGCAGGAGUUCUUCAGCGCCGUCAGGGCAGGCAAGGAUGCCGACCCCUCCUGGAAGAAACCCAUUUACAAAAUCAUUUCCAAACUGGACAGUGACAUCCCAGAAGGCUUCAAAGCUGCUGGCUGCUCCCAGGAACUGCUCCACAGCUGA